CAACGUCCUCACCGGCCCUUCCGCCUCGCUAACAAACCCGAGAGGAGAAGAGCAGAGGAGGAGGAAGUGUGAAAAAUUGCCGUCGCUGUCGUCGCCGUUCUAGUGGGCAGCGGAAAGAUGACUGGAGGGGGUUUUCCGGCGUAAACCGACCAGUACUUCACAAUCCCAAACGAGCGAAUGGAUCAAGCCAGAGUCAGCCGGAGUCCGGCAACCGACGCCCUGCUCUCGUGGUUCAGAAGCGAGUUCACGGCCGCAAACGCCAUUAUCGACGCGCUCUGCUAUCAUCUCCGCGGUGUCGCUAGCUCCGAUCUCCAGCAGGAGUAUGACCACGUUUUCGCAGCCAUCCACCGGCGUCGGAUGAAUUGGAUCCCGAUCCUCCACGCACAGACGUACUUCUCCAUUGCCGAGAUCGUAGCGGCACUCGGCGAUGCCGCCGCAGCCCGGAAGCCCGACGGGAAGGCGGAGAAGUGGAAAAUAGCAGCGACGGAGGUGGUGGAUGUGGAGGAGAUGAACAAGGAAGUGGUUGAACGGAAGGUGGAGAAGGAAGCGGGGAGUGAGGAAGAAGAGAAGAACGUGGUGGCAAUGGCGGAAGAGAAGGUGGAGAAGGAAGCAGGAAACCAGGAGGAAGAGAAGAACGUAGAGUCAGAGACGGAAGUGAUGGCGAAGAAGGAAGAGCAAAAAGAAGAGACGCGGGUUGGCGCUUUCAGUGUGGAGAAACGGGUCACGCCGGGUGAAGGGAAGGAAUUGCAGAGUGAAGGAUCGGUGAUGGAGAAGGACGAUCCGGCCCCCGGCGAUCUCGGAAUUUCAGUUUUGGGCUCAAAUAGUUCGAAUGCUGUCGAAGAUCUUAAUACUUUCUCCGAAUAUGAUGAUCUCAAUGAAGGCCCAGAAAGAGUCAGAACUACAAAAGGUUUCAGUGCUAAGGAGCCAAUAGAUGGACACAUGGUUAAUGUUGUGAAAGGCCUGAAAUUGUAUGAUGGUAUAUUUACUGAAUUAGAGCUCUCAAGGCUGGUCUCAAUUGCUGAUGAGCUGCGUGUUGCAGGUCAAAAAGGGGAGCUUUCAGGUGAAACCUACAUAUCCUUCAACAAGCAACUGAAAGGCAACAGAAGAGAAAUGAUUCAGCUCGGCAUCCCAGUCUUCGGGCAGAAGAAAGAUAAGCCAAGCUACGUUGAACCAAUUCCAACGGCUUUUGAAGCUGCCAUCGAUCGCCUGGUUCACUGGCAUUUGAUACCAGAAAGCAGAAAGCCGAAUUGUUGCAUUAUCAAUUUCUUUGACGAGGGUGAAUGCUCUCAACCUUAUUUGAGGCCCCCACAUAUUGAGCACCCAAUUUCAACACUUUCACUGAGCUCUGAUUGCAAGAUGGUUUUCGGCCGGAUCUUCAUGAGUGACCGCCAUGGCAACUACAAGGGCUCUCUAGAGCUUCCGCUUAAUGAAGGGUCACUCGUAGUCAUGCGUGGCAACAGUGCCAGCACUACCCAUGCAAUCUGCCCAUCUCCAAGCAAGCGAACCACCGUCACCUUCGUGAAGGUUUGCACAGACGGCAGCAACCAUGCUCGGCCGGUCGUGAUCUCCCGGAAGCCCCUUUUAGCCAGGAGAAUGACACUGUGGCAGGUGAGCGGACUCCAAGAGAAGGACUUCUCCUGCAAGCUGGCCGACGACUCCAGUGAAUGCGGACAGGUGGACGGCGUCCCCAAGUUGGGACUCCUUCCCAUCCCCUUAGUAUCGGCAGCGCCGGGAUGGCCCAUGGUCGUCCAGCGCAGAAGGCCGCCAGUUGCUGGCACCGGCGUUUUUAUACCUAGCAAAACGGAUGCAGCUGGCCCUAGGAACGGUUCCCGGAUGGUCAGAGAAACAGAUAACUCAGAAGACAAUGUUUCAGCCUGAUCUCUCUCUCUCUCUCUCUUCGGUUGGUUUUCGUUUAUGGUUAUGUGUUAAAUGAGACAAAGAGGGCAGCAGCAGUGAAGGUUUUAAGGAUGAGAGCUUGUCAAUUGCCA